CUGCAGGCACAAAUGAGUAUUAAGUAUUGUGAGAUGGACAUCACUGCCGGGAGUCUCCGCCCACCAGGGAGAAAUAACACAGGUCAUGUCACUGUGCAGAUGAGUGGAUCACUGUCGUGGGAUGAAGACUGGGACCCUCUGUAUAUAGAAAGUUUGGAUGACAGGAUGAGUUUAGAUCAGGGGAGUUAGUAAGAUUAAUACUAAAUCUGAAUUUAUGCAUGGUCUUUUGGCAUGUCAUGUAAUGUGCAGGCGUUUAUGACGUCACCCACACGUGAACCUCAUGAUCCUAAAUCCUCAAGAUAUUUAAGGGAUUUCUUUUUUUGCCUUUUUGUUUUUGACACUCUACAACAAUGGUUUUGACUGAACCUCUGAAACAACAGUGUGUGGAGAGAGGACUCAACACUGAUGGCUUGAAUAUGUUUUCAACGGUCAAGCAAAUGAUCUUCUUUACUGGGACCUCUCUGCUUCUGUGGACUGUUCUUUAGGAAAGCCAUCUACAGACGGUUUGCACCAUGCCUUAUCAUGACGAUGAGUACCCAGGUCAGCCUCUGUGGCAGUCGGUGCUGCUCUUCUGCUGUAAGGGGAUGAUAGAGGGCAUCAUGGUCAUACUCUUCCUCUGGCUUCUGGUGCAAGUCCUGUUUACCAAACAAUUAGAAGUUCACCUUCAAGUUCUUCUCUUGGUCGGACUGAUCGUCUUUUGCCUCUCCUUGAUUCUGGGAUGUGUUCUGUGCUGGAGGGAAAGUCACAUCUGCUCUGGGAAAGACAAAGAUCCUGUGACGUCAGCACCUGCUGCCCCUGCUGAGCCUGUGACCUUAACCCAGAGCUCACCUCCCUUGACAUCGACGAUAGCAUUCAGGCAGCAAUAUGAAGACCUGGAUGGAGAUAUGCUGGAGUUUAACUCCACAUUCACAAGCUCUGCCCCUUCAGAGGACAAAUUUACCUCUGGGUCAUUUUCUAAUGGAGCUCGAACUGCCUCUGAACGGAAGGAGCCGCCAAAGUCUUAUUUUUCCUUGCGUCGUCUCAGCACACCACCGCUGACGUCACCCCUUUAUAAACCCAUUGAUCCGAGCCACACUUCCUUGUCUUCAUUUCCCAAACUGGGACUGUUGUCCAAGACAUGCAAAGCUCUGCAGAGACGCUGUACCAUUACUGGGGAUACACUAUCUUGUAAUGAACACAGCAGGCUCACCAGCCCCAGUUCCAUCUCUCCUUCUAUGCCUGAAGAACCAAUCCCUCUAGUUCCACUGAGCUAUGGCUCCAGUGUGAGCUGCAAACAGCCAGUAUCACCAAAACCCUGUCUCCAUUUCACUAUGGCCUUCUCCCCAGAGCAACACACCCUGGCAGUCACUGUCCUUGGCCUCACUGGGACGCCUCACAAACUGGAGGACGUGUCUGUGCUGGGCAGCCUUCCGCCUCUGUAUCCCUGUCCCAUACAAGCGUCUACUCGGAGCAGCUUCAACGUGCUGCUGCUUCUGACGGUGAACUCCGUGAGCGAGCUUCAGAGGUGCACUUUCAGAGUAGUUGUGUACACUCGGGAAUCACACGGCCUCAGAAGCACCGCACUGGGUGAACUGGAGGUGGGAUGUGGUGGACAGGACUGGAGAGCAGAACAUCCAUUUCACUUCACAAAAGAACUCAACCCAAACAAGUGGACACUAAAACAGGAUGCAGUGACACAUCAGGGGCUUAGCUGUCCUCCACAGAUCUUCAUUUCGCUUCAGUAUCAGACGCCAACCCAUCGGAUCAAAACCUCAGUCCUCAGAGCAGAUAAUCUAGACAAAGUCAUCCACACGUCGGCAGCACCAGAUUACCAGGUGGUGGUCAAUCUGCAUCAUGAGAGAACUGUGAUCAGCAGCAGAGAAACUGAGCGAGGUCCCUCUGCAUUGUGGAACACUUCAUUCCUCUUUGACCUUCCACCAGGAGACGUCAGUCAGCUCCCCCUCAUGCUCGAGUACAUAAUCAUGCAGAAUCAAGCCCAUUCAGACGGUAAAGUCCUCUGCCGAGUCCUCAUCGGUGCCAAGGCUGCAGACGCAGGCCGUGCUCACUGGAGAGACAUGUGCAGCUUUCAGAUGGAGCAGACUCGCUGGCACAGUGUCCAACCUGAACUUCUGUAA